UGCCUGAUCCCAACCUGCGACUGCUCCUUACCGACCUUGGCUUGUUCUCGACUACGCUUCUGCCUGAUCCCAACCUGCGACUGCUCCUUACCGACCUUGGCUUGUUCUCGACUACGCUUCUGCCUGAUCCCAACCUGCGACUGCUCCUUACCGACCUUGGCUUGUUUAUUGACCACGCUUCCAUUUGAUCCUUACCUGUUUAUACGCUACUGGACCUCCACUUGCUUACCUCCUGACUCCGCACCUUGGGUGAUCCCACGGUGACCAGCCUGUGUACCGAUCCUGCUGGUUUCAGGUGAGCCUUUCCACUGCUAUAGCAACUGGUCUUUGAGCCUGACCCCUGAUUGUGACACUGAGCUUCAACCUAACUCAAACUGACUUACCACUGAUCUGAGACUGACCUACCAUUUGCAACAGACUGAGCUCCAACCUAUCUCAAGCUAACCUACCACUGUUUCUCCCGCGGCCU